UACAAAAAAUAGAAGCAUUAUUACAAUCAAGAUUUAACAAAAAGUCCAAAUUAGUAUAUAACAUCGAAGAUAAUAUAAACUUAAAAAGUAUAGAUUUUUCAGUUAACAAAUAUAGCUAUCAUAUUGAUUUUAACUCUUUUGACACUGAAAAAGAAAAUCAAAAGAUUCAAUCAUUAGUUCAAACUGUAGACAAAAAUCAAAUAUCACGUAACUCAUAUCGUAAUUUAGCUAUAUAUGAGCCAAACCUACCACAAGAAUGGGCAAUAUCAAAUAGAAAAAAUAAGAUUACUAAGAAUAUAAAUCAAGUAAUUAAAAUGAUUUAUGUAGAUCUUAAUAAUCGUAGAACUUUAGACUAUUCUAAAAUAGAUUCAGAUACUGUUAAAAUUUCAGAAAUAGGAAUUCAAAAAAGUGCUAAAGAUCUGUUAAUUUAUCUUAUUUCACAAUUAGAAAAAAAAGGUAUUCUUUAUAGUUCUAAUCCAACUAUUCACCUUCGUAUUUCUGGAGAUGGAAGAAACACUGGAUCCAAAGUAAAGCAUGUAAUGAUAAUAGUUAUGAUCCUAAAUGAUAUUAGCAAUCAUUACUAUGUGGACCAUCAUUAUACAACAGUUCUUUAUUCUAGCAUUGAAAAAUAUGAUGUUUUAAAUUUUAUUUUAAAACCUUUUUUGAAUGAUCUACAAAUAUUAAAGGAUAAAGGAUUAGAUAUUAUGGGAACAUAUUGGGAUUUUAAAUUAUAUUCCAGUACAGACUGA